AUGUUGAGGCACCAAAGUCAUGCUGUUGGUGGUCGUGAUAAAACAUACAUACACGGACGCAAGAGACGGAAGCAAAGUGACGAGGGGGCUAGUUACCCAUUCCACGUCCAAGCUGAGCAGAGUGCUGGAGGUUGGAGAGAGAGGACGACAGCGCUGUCGUGGACGGUUUGUUGGGAGGAUAAUAAUGAUGAUGAGAAGUUGGCAAACCAGAGUUGGCGGUGGUGGAAGCGAUUACUGACUAUUACUGGUCAGCCGUUGACGACGAGCCCAUGGAUUAUUGAGGCGCAUUUCGGGAAGAGGAAAGCACUGAUGGGCGCUGGUUAG